AUGGUCAGGUUCAGGAUGGUUGUACUAAUCUAUAAGAUACCUCAUCCCACGAGCCCUGCCUCAGCCUCUGGGCUGCCCAGAAAGAGGCACAGCCUAGCUAUAGACAAAACUGGUUUAGCCACAGAUACCUCCCCUAGCAAUCACGGGAAAGGUAGUUCCAAGAAACAAAUUUCUAAGAAUCGACAUAAUUCUCGGCCCUCUUGUCAAGCUACAAUUUCCAAGUCUACCAGGAAAACAGUGACAGUUAAGCCCCUCAUGGCCAUCAAACCAAUUUACGUCUGUGGUGUGGAACAGUGCUUUUCCACUAAGUUCCUAGUUGAUGGUGGACUGCAAUUCCCACUGUCCCUGACUGCUGCCACAGUUGGCCAGGAAUGA